AAAUUUUGUUGAAAUACCUGUCUUAUUUAACUACCUGAAUAAAUCUAUCGAGUUUUUAAAUUUACCAACUCUGGAUCCUGAUGUUACUGACCAGACUCGACGUUGAAAAAAUUCACAAAACAAUGAUCUAUUCUGAUUUAUUGGCCAUUUCUUCAUUGCUUAUUUUGAAAGGCAUAUGUACAGUGAAUGCGGAUUGUUAUACUGUCGCAGAUCUUUGUGAAAGCUACUGUCAUGUACUAACAACACAAGAAAUGACAACAACAGCAGAGAUUACAACUACACCAGAGGUAACAACGACUGAAUCCACUACUACACCAGAGAUAACAACGACUGAAGCUACCACUACACCAGAGAUAACAACGACUCAAGCUACCACUACUCCAGAUAUAACAACGACUAAGGCUACUACUACACCAGAGUUAACAACGACUCAAGCUACCACUACUCCAGAUAUAACAACGACUAAAGCUACUACUACGCCAGAGAUAACAACGACUGAAGCUACCACAACUCCAGAUAUGACAACGACUCAAGCUACUACUACACCAGAGAUAACAACGGCUCAAGCUACUACUACUCCAGAUAUAACAACAACUGAAGCUACUUCUACACCAGAGAUAACAACGACUCAAGCUACAACUACUCCAGAGAUAACAACGACUCAAGCUACUACUACUCCAGAUAUAACAACGACUGAAGCUACUACUACACCAGAGAUAACAACGACUGAAGCUACUACUACACCAGAGAUAACAACGACUGAAGCUACUACUACACCAGAGAUAACAACGACCGAAGCUACUACUACUCCAAAGAUAACAACGACUGAGGCCACUACUACGCCAGAGAUAACAACGACUGAAGCUACUACUACGCCAGAGAUAACAACGACUGAGGCUACUACCACACCAGAGAUAACAACGACUGAAGCUACUACCACACCAGAGAUAACAACGACUGAAGCAACUACUACACCAGAGAUAACAACGACUGAAGCUACUACUACACCAGAGAUAACAACGACUGAAGCUACUACUACUCCAAAGAUAACAACGACUGAAGCCACUACUACGCCAGAGAUAACCACGACUGAAGCUACUACUACACCACAGAUAACAACGACUGAAGCAACUACUACACCAGAGAUAACAACGACUCAAGCUACCACCACUCCAGAGGUAACAACGACUGAGGCUACUACUAUACCAGAGAUAACAACGACUCAAGCUACAACGACACCAGAGAUUACAACGACAGAGGCUACUACCACACCCGAGAUAACAACGACUGAAGCUACUACUACGCCCGAGAUAACAACGACACAAGCUACUACUACUCCUGAGCUAACAACGACUGAAGCUACUACUACACAAGAGAUAACAACGACCCAAGCUACUACUACUCCACAGGUAACAACGACUAAAGCUACUACCACACCAGAGAUAACAACGGCUGAAGUUACAACGACGCUAAAGAUUACAACGAUAGAGGCUACUACUACUCCAGAGGUAACAACGACUCAAGCUACCACUACUCCAGAAGUAACAACGACUGAGGCUACUACUACACCAGAGAUAACAACGACUGAAGCUACUACUACUCCAAAGGUAACAACGACUGAAGCUACUACUUCUCCACAGGUAACAACGACUGAGGCUACUACUACACCAGAGAUAACAACGACUCACUCUACAACGACACCAGAGAUUACAACGACAGAGGCUACUACCACACCCGAGAUAACUACGACUGAAGCUACUACUACGCCCGAGAUAACAACGACACAAGCUACUACUACUCCUGAGCUAACAACGACUGAAGCUACUACUACACAAGAGAUAACAACGACCCAAGCUACUACUACUCCACAGGUAACAACGACUAAAGCUACUACCACACCAGAGAUAACAACGGCUGAAGUUACAACGACGCUAAAGAUUACAACGAUAGAGGCUACUACUACUCCAGAGGUAACAACGACUGAGGCUACUACCACACCAGAGAAAAAAACGCCUGAAGCUACUACUACUCCACAGAUAACAACGACUGAAGCUACUACUACUCCAAAGGUAACAACGACUGAAGCUACUACUACACCAGAGAUAACAACGACAGAAGCAACGACUACGCAAGAGAUAACAACGACUGAAGCUACAACUACUCCAGUGAUAACAACGACUGAAGCUACUUCUACUCCAGAGAUAACAACGACUGAAGCUACUACUACACCAGAGGUAACAACGACAGAAGCUACUUCUACUCCAGACAUAACAACGACUGAAGCUACUACUACACCAGAGAUAACGACGACUGAAGCUACUACUACUCCAGAGAAAACAACGACUGAAGCUACUACUACACCAGAAAUAACAACGACUGAAGCUACUACUACACCAGAGGUAACAACUACUCAAGCUACCACAACUCCAGAUAUAACAACGACUGAAGCUACUACUACUCCAGAGAUAACAACGACUGAAGCUACAACUACACCACAGAUAACAACGACUGAAGCUACUACCACAAUGGCUGUUACAACAACGGUCAUGACAACAACGCCAACAACAACGCCAUCAGAGAAGUUUAUAUGUGAAUAUUAUUGUUAUACAGUGGGAGGUUGGUGUAAUAUUUCUGUGUCAACACCACUAUCCUAUGCAGCCAACAUAGCAAAGUAUGAUAAUCAGGAACUACUGCUUGAUUCAGCAUAUUUUACCAUUAAAUUGACGAUAUCUUUAUGUAUUCAAUGGACAAACGAUUACUACUAUCCUCAUACUGAUGCGUACCAGACCAUUAGUAAACACAUAAGCGAAGAGUUGCUGGUACUAUACAAGCAUAUGCCAGGAUUUAUGUCAUUAUUAAUUGUAAGGUACAUACAAGGCAGUGUCGUUGUGGACUAUCGAAUUAAGGUAUCGGCUUCUGUUGACAGCGAAAAGGUUUUUGCUUAUUUACUUGAGAAGAAGGCUACACUACAGAAUUCUGUAAUUUUUAGAGGUUAUAAUUUAACAGAUGAUUACCUAAAGGACCAUGGGAACUAUUUUCUUCGAAGUGCAAAAACAACGCUUGAAAAUAAAUGUUCUGCCACUGGCAUCUGUCCGACAGGGUAUGUUUGCAAAAAAUCACUUGGAUCAUCUUUAAUUUGUGAACAUAAAUGUAAUAAUCAUUUAUGCCUCAAUGGUGGAAUAUGUUAUUUGAAUGAAAGCAGUGUAUUUUGCAAUUGCGCGGAGAAUGAAAAAUAUAUCUAUAGUGGAAGUAAUUGCGAGUUAGUAAAUAACAAACAAGUAGAAGUUAAGAAUGACGAACCAUUGAUAAUUGGAGUUUCGGUCUCUGCUGGAAUUAUCCUUAUUGUCCUUUUGAUUUGUCUUGGAUUCUGCUCUUAUAAACGAUACAGCAGAAAAUACAGCGUAUAUGAAAAGGACGAAGAAAGUAUUAACGUUUACCACCGCGACACAAAACUGCAGCUAGGGGAUGUUGAUAAUGAUGGUUAUGAAGACCUUGGUGAUCUAGGAGAAAGAUUCCAGAACACAGAGUCCUUUGGCUAUCUGGAAAUUACUCAUCUAUAGUACAGAUAACACCACGGAAAAUCCAAAAAAACUCCACAAGUAUGAAUGUGACAGAAACUGGUACAUUGUUUUAAGUUAUCGGUUUAUGAUGCAUUUCAAGAAUUGUCUUCGUAUUAAAGGAAAGAUAAUCUGAAUGAAAAAUGAAAGAAACAAAGUUUUGAUGUAAUCGCCAAGAAGAGGUGAUAAUGCUCGUGAGUAGCGAAGCAUUCAUUUGAUGUUCACUGAAAUGAUAGAUGAAAGGGAAAGCAUCUUAAAUCAUGAAAUAUUGUAUCAGGCCUUUAUAAUGUUUUUUUUUCAGGGAAAGUAUUAUAAUAUUAUCGAUGUAUAUAACGAAAUGAAUUAAACAGCAAGUCUGAAAACUUUGAACUUAUGUUUUAAUAUCAUUGCUGUUUUUAUUUAUAUUUAUAUAUUGUUAUUAAUAAAAAAAAAAAAGGUCUGUCAUUUUCAGUUAUAACUCAUAAAACUUUAAAUAAAAAAGAAAAUGUAUGCAACUUA